AUGCUGGACGGACAAGAAUUGAACAAGAAAGUAGGCAGCCGUUUCCGCCUCGCCUUGCUAGUUUUGGCCAAUCAUCAUCAACCAUCUCACAGUCACCGGUUUUGCUACCGACAAGCCGUGAGCCUUUUGAAUCCUCCACAGCUUGGACUUCAUAACCUUUUCGUCUGCCUGUUCUUUGUUGUUGUCUAUGACUACCCCGUCGUCGUUGCCGGAUCUUCUCAAUGCCUUGUCCCAACAACACCACCAUCUCGGCCUCACCCUGUUGCUAUCAUCACCAUCACAAUGUGUAAUCUACUCAUUCCUCUCUGCCCUUUCGUCCUCUAUUCCAUCACCACAUCCACCGCCCAAGAACUCCAACCAAGUUCCUCUUUCGCAGACGCCAAAAUUCUCUUCUCCUACCUCUCCAAACGCCCGUACCAUCGGUCCUCCUCAAACCACCAAUCACGUCAUCAAACAUACCCUCUACCAAAACCAUUAGCCCUCAAAACCACAAAACUCUACAAACGCACCAACUGGCACACAUGUCCCUGUUUCUUCCGCCGCGUCUCCGUUCUUCACCCUUUACCCGGUCCCAGCCGACCAACUUUUGGGUCGGCAUAUCAAUACUGCUCGCGGUGUUCUUCGGCGGCCAAACUCCUCCGACCGAUGCGAUUAGGUGGUAUCGGCGACUCUAGCGUACGCAACGAUCCAUAUUGGAAUCGUUGUAUAUUCGCUGGUGCCAGAGUGGUGUUUGAGGACGACGAAGACGACUAUUUGGGGGAUGGUGAGGACCAUUCAAAUCUCAGAGCCGUUCCGGUCAUAUUUCAGCCAGUCCACGUACAGCCGCAGCCACAAACGCGAAAUCAGACUAUGACGAAGCAGGUCAGGUAUCGACCGAGACAAGAGAGCCAAUGGGACCGUCGAAAUGGCCAGCACCGGCAGAGAAGACAGUCUGAAACGGAUUCUGAAUCCGAAAGCAAUGACGACGAGUAUCAGUAUGAGCAUCGUUGGACGCCGUGGACGGACAGAGCUGAGGGGGAAGCUAAAUCCAACUAUUCAGGAUCGAACAAUCGAAGUCCCAGUUACCAGGCUGACUUGGACUCUUACUUGAAUGAGACGUACGAAACUCGGGAAAACGAUAACACGAGAUGA